AUGACGGGCGCCUCCGUGGACGCCGAUUACCCCGGCACCGCGACGCAGCGCAUGAUCAACGGCCGCGAGCGCGCGAUGUCGCUGUCUGAAUCCGAGCUCAGUAAGGACUGGGACAGCGUCGUUCGACCGAAGCUCCUGUGGGCGGCGGGUUUGAAGGAUUUGCGCAACGUCGCCCCGGGCAAAGGAAACACCGGACACUGCUUCAACGAUUUCAAUCACGUCGACGCGACGACGAUGUCGAUAGAAGAGGCGGAUAACGAGAACUCGGGACGAGUGGUCGGUAUGGCGUACAGGAAUCCACUGGGUGAGGGGAUUCGCGCGGCUAGGGAUGAAACCAUGGGCGAAGGCGGUUCGUGGUGCACGUGCAUACUCGGAAGCGCAAGUGAGCCGCCGGCUGACGUCGCGCACGUGCAGUUCCGAUCAAAGAUCGCGUGGAAGCUGGUGUGGGUCCCAGGCAAAAAUGGGAAGGAUUUCUCGCGAUUUGUGCUCGUGGACGACGCCGGGGUUGAGCUCGCCACCGGCGUCCCGAGCGGCAACCUCCCGACUCUGGCCGAGCGUCAAGGAAAUUACAACGUCGUCAAGGGCGGGCGAUACGCGCGCGCCGCAGAUGCGAGAAGCGUCUGA